AUGGCGGAUAACGUGUCUGCUUCGACUCCGGCCUCCCAUCAACCACAAGCUUCGACUGCUGCGUCGAAUCAACAGUACGAUGCGCCCCAGGGAAAUGGCCAAACCAACCCCUCUCACAUGCCGCCGCCUCCUCGCCCGCCCGUGAUUAUCCCCCAGAACACCAACCCUAUUCCGACCGCUAUUACCUCUCCGAUGUCUGGAGGCAUGGUGUCCCCGACCAGCGCCGGCGGAUAUGUGCGCCGGGCUGCCCCUGAACCAAACAAGAGGGCUCUUUACGUCGGAGGCCUCGACCCGCGGGUGACGGAAGAUAUCCUGAAACAAAUCUUUGAGACCACUGGACAUGUCAUCAGCGUCAAGAUUAUCCCCGACAAGAAUGGCGCCAACUACGGUUUUGUUGAGUUCGAUGACCCCGGUGCCGCCGAGCGGGCAAUGCAAACGCUCAACGGACGUCGAAUCCAUCAGUCGGAAAUUCGCGUGAAUUGGGCAUACCAGUCGAAUUCCACUAACAAGGAGGACACCUCGAACCAUUUCCACAUCUUCGUCGGUGAUUUGAGCAAUGAGGUCAACGACGAGAUUCUCCUACAGGCCUUCUCUGCCUUUGGUUCGGUUUCCGAGGCUCGCGUUAUGUGGGACAUGAAGACUGGCCGCUCCCGUGGCUAUGGUUUCGUCGCGUUCCGUGACCGUGGAGACGCUGACAAGGCGUUGAGCUCGAUGGAUGGCGAAUGGCUCGGUUCUCGCGCCAUCCGCUGCAACUGGGCUAAUCAAAAGGGGCAGCCUUCCAUUUCCCAGCAGCAGGCAAUGGCAGCAAUGGGAAUGACACCAACCACUCCUUUUGGUCAUCACCACUUUCCUACUCAUGGCAUUCAAAGCUACGACAUGGUUGUCCAGCAGACCCCGCAGUGGCAGACUACAUGCUAUGUUGGCAAUCUCACCCCUUACACCUCGCAGGGCGAUAUCGUUCCCCUCUUCCAAAACUUUGGCUACGUCGUCGAAACCCGUAUGCAAGCCGAUAGAGGAUUUGCAUUCAUCAAGAUGGACAGCCAUGAAAAUGCGGCUAUGGCCAUCUGCCAGCUCAACGGCUAUAAUGUCAACGGGCGCCCCCUGAAGUGCAGCUGGGGUAAGGAUCGUCCUCCUACCGGCCAGUUCGACAAUUUCUCUGGUCAACAGGGGAACUCGCCCUUCAACUCCAGCCCAGGUCCGUUCUUCCCGCAAUAUGGUGGCCCUGGGGGUCCCAUGACUCCUCAAGGACCAGCAGGAGCUGGAAGGGGCUGGGAGCAGCCACAAAUGGCUCAGCAGGGCUUCGGCCAGGUCCCAGGCAACGCCGGCUAUGGUCGUGGACAAGCCACGCCCAACGCUGGUUGGAACCAGCCGAACAACGCUAAUUUCGGAAAUGGCUUUGGCGGUUACCAAGCGUAA